CGGUCAUGUGACCAAGUUCUAAUUACGUUAGAGACUUUAAAUAACGUAUUUGGCCUUUUUCUAUUAUUUUGAAAUCAUUGUUCGUGUCAUAUUCUAUUCCGAGUACGUUUUAUAUCUUUGUGAACGAGUAGCUUUUGGUUGUUAUAUGAGUUUAUUUGCUACGGGAUAAUAUAUACCGGACGUGGACCUGGCGUCCAUGGUGGGAACGUUCCGUGAACCCCUCUAGCGUUUACGUAGUUUGUGACGAAUCAGUUAAGAAAAAAGCAAGAUUCGUUCUGACUUGACCGGAGCCGGAGCCGCAAAAUAGUUGUCAAAAUGGCGGGCGAAGGAUCUGCAAGUGUGAAUCCAAAUUGCGAGGUCGUCCGCGGACAAGCGUUCGAAGUUGGUCCGCGAUAUACAAAUUUGUCUUACAUGGGUGAGGGUGCCUACGGAAUGGUCGUAUCUGCAUAUGAUAAUGUAACAAAGACGAAGGUAGCUAUUAAAAAAAUUUCACCAUUUGAACAUCAGACGUAUAGUCAGAGAACAUUAAGAGAAAUAAAAAUUCUGACUAGGUUUAAGCACGAAAAUAUAAUAGAUAUAAGGGAUAUACUAAGGGCACCUACCAUAGAACAAAUGAAAGAUGUAUAUAUUGUGCAAUGUCUAAUGGAAACUGAUCUCUAUAAACUUCUGAAAACACAGGCUAUUAGCAAUGACCACAUAUGCUAUUUUCUUUACCAAAUAUUAAGAGGAUUGAAGUAUAUUCACUCCGCAAAUGUAUUGCACAGAGACUUGAAACCGAGUAAUUUGUUGUUAAAUACCACGUGUGACCUUAAAAUCUGUGAUUUUGGUUUAGCCAGAGUCGCCGAUCCGGAGCAUAAUCAUGCUGGUUUUCUUACCGAAUACGUAGCAACAAGGUGGUAUAGGGCUCCAGAAAUAAUGCUCAAUUCAAAGGGUUAUACUAAAUCUAUAGACAUUUGGUCAGUUGGGUGCAUUCUUGCAGAAAUGCUUUCAAGAAGAGCAAUAUUCCCUGGGAAACACUAUUUAGACCAACUGAAUCAUAUAUUAGGUAUUCUUGGAUCGCCGUCUCCUGAAGAUCUUGAAUGCAUUGUAAACGAAAAGGCACGGAAUUACCUUAAAUCAUUAGCAUUUAAACCAAAGGUCCCAUGGACAACCGUUUUUCCGGACGCCGAUCCGCGAGCGUUGGAUCUUUUAGAUAAAAUGUUAACAUUCAAUCCACACAGACGGAUCGUUGUAGAAGACGCACUCGCGCAUCCAUAUUUGGAGCAAUAUUAUGAUCCUGCUGAUGAGCCAGUCGCAGAGGAACCGUUCAGGUUCGAUAUGGAAUUGGAUGAUCUUCCCAAAGAAGUAUUGAAACAGUAUAUCUUCGAGGAGACUAUAUUAUUCCAGGAGAAUCAUCAAGAAAAUUCUAUGUAGUCUACUGAUAACUCUUCAAUUAUUUUUCACCGUAUAAGAAACGAGGUACACGAUAUUUUAAAACGAUCGAUAAACACUUUAGCUGCGGCGAGUGUUCAGGGCGACCAAAAAGAAAGCAAACGUGUGACGUCAGAAUAACAGAGCUGUACUUCUUUUAUAGUUGUAUACGAUCCAAACAGGAAAAUAGAGCAACAAAAAAAGAAAAACAAAAAAGAUGUAACUUUCGCGGAGAUGUUUAAUUUAUAGGAAGUGCUUAAAAAAUCGACAGCUACGAAUACGACAUAAUAUAUACAUUUCAUUACAUAUUAUAUGCAUAUGCGGGUAGGGAGUUUGAGAGGAGAGACGGAUGGAAGGAACGUACAGUGAACGAGGUGAGAACAAAAAACGCAGUGUCCGUGCAUAUACUUGUACAUUCAACAUGUCUUUACCGGAGAGAGAAAAAAAGAAAAAGGAAACAACAAAAAAUGACAGUGGUUUUUCUUUUUAGUAACAAUUGAAUGCAUAAUAUUAAUUUGUACAAUAACUUUUAUUUAUCCCGAAUUAUACAGGGUGGUCCACGGAACUUCUAAAGUGUAUAUUGUGUGAAAAAAUAUUUUAGACCUUUUUCAAGGAACGAAGUAAAUUAUUCGUUGAUUAUUAGGUUUUUUUACAGCUAAUGAAGAUCAGUACCUUUUACUCAGAAUUUAACGCUCAUCGAUUUUUUGGCAUUGAAAGCAGCAUUCCAUGUGAAAAAAAACCAAGUUGACCUUGAAAUUUCUGAAAUACAUCGAGCUAUAAAAAAAGUAUGCGCCAUAUAAUGUACCCCUCUAAAACAACUUUUUUAUAAAAACAUUUUUUCAUGUAGUGGACACUUCAGAACUUAUUCAGGGUGAAUAAGUUGUGUGGACCACCCUGUAUAUGACGCUAGUUGACGAUUAUUAUUGUUAACCAUUGUAUUCAUACACACAUUGUCUGUGAUUUAAUUGCCGAGCGAGUGACGUGGUGUAAUGUGCGAGAUAUUCUAAGCCACGUAACACACGACGACCGACAAAGUAAAUGCGCGUGAGUAGAAGAGAAUGUCAGUGAUAAAGUGUGUGCGUAAGAGAGCCAGAGUAUGUAUGACAUAUAUGUAUGUAUAUAAUACAUACAUAUGUGUAUACGUGGGUAUCAGUGUAUUAUGAACAGCCAUUUAAUUCACCGAAGUAUUUGCCGAUAGUUUCUUUAUUAUUAUUAUUAUUAUUAUUAUUAUUAUUAUUAUUAUUAUUAAUACUAUUAUUAUUAUUAUUAAUACUAUUCUACAUUAAUAUUAUAUAAAUAUUAUUAUUAAUUAUUAUCUAAUUUUAAUAUUCAGUGUCAUUCUUGUGGUAAUUACGUACCUUGCAGAAAUUUCGUUCUGCCUUUAUUUGGUUUAGGUUGUCGACGAAACGAAACAGGGGGAAUGAACGAGUGAAAUAGAUAAAAAACGAACCGAAUGGACGUACGCAUGAAAAAAGAAUUAGGUGAGAAUGUCUGCGUGAAUGAGGAGAGGUGCAUGUGUGAAAGAAAUAGAGAGACACAAGAAAAAUGUGUUUAAGUCAUAAUUCAUUGCAUUCGAUGCAGCUUCCAGUUCUUCUAAAAGCAGUUAUGUUAAUUGCGUCUUGUUUCAAGAGCUACAGGUAUUACACUGAUACUGCCAUUCUUGUGCGACGAAGCACAUGGUGUCUGUUCGGACGUUAACUAUCUGUGUACUUUUCUAUUUUCUACAUUUCCGACCUUUUUACAUGUUAGGAUGUAUUAUCUUCCUUUUUUGUUUUCUUCUUCGUUUCUAAUUCCUAUAGCUAACUAUUCGAUAUCUGGAGAACGCUUGCUUGCCAUUUGCAAAAUAUCGUGUCUUCUUUAGUUCUCGGUUUCUUUGAAGAUGAUUCGGAUAUUCAAAUACUCGCCAUGUGAGUUUACGAACGAUGAUAAACUAUUGGAACUUUCUCAUUUCGAUUCGCAUUACAUUUUUUCGCUCUAAAUGUAAGUUCGUACUCGAAAGAACUUUUAAUAUUUGAUAGGAUAUGAUACAUCUAAUUGAUAUACAUUUCGCUCGAAGAGAAAAGCAUGGCACGGUGGAUAAAUUAACUAUGAAAAUGGAGUUUUGUACACGUGCAUGUCGUCGGUAGUCAAAGGCAAAAUUUUAUUCGACUGUGAAAACUAAACUGCGGGUAUCCGCGCAUUCAUGGAAAAUUUAAUAUUUAGAAAAUAAAUUUCCUUUCUAUUUAUCUUUCAUUCUCUUAGUUGUACAAAAAGUUUCGUAGUUCUGUAAAAAUGGGAUUCACGUAACAUAUGGUUUAAUGAUACGUGAGAACUCGAGCAAUACCGAUAAGACACGUUUCCAUUUUUCUUUCCGUUCUUUUCUAAAACUCUAGUUGAAAAGAUAGAAAGUAUUUAUCAGGACAAUCGAAGUCGCGGACACGUUUAUUGAAAUAACGAAGUGCAUACUUAUCUCGUUUUCUGAAUCAAAAUCUCGAUGUAUCAAUGAAGCAAAAUCAUUAACAAACGCAUGAAAGAAGGAAUGCGAGUCAGGAGAAGAAAGGAAAGAGAAGCGGCAGAGGAAUUAAUUUAGCGAAACGACUAGAAUCGGCACGAAACUCACUUUCACUUCCGACUGUCAAAUUUCACGUUUUUGAAUGCGUCGAAUUAAGUAAUUCUAUAUUAAUAACGUUAACACCUCAUACAUAUAAUAAUUCGUUCGAGGAAGAAAAACAUCGGCGUGUUCAUCUUCAUUCGAGUUCGCAAGUUAUCCAUGGAGAUUAUGAAGAUGCUUCGAUUCGUACGUUCUUCUCGCGAUUUAAAUUUUUUGAAAAGAAAAGGAAAAGGGAGGAUAAAUGUUUCACGCCCUAGGAGUGUCCUUUUCCAUUUCUCAAGCUCUGCGAACUUCUUGAAGGAUUUAUCGGAUUAUCGAUUCAGCUUUGUUGCUGCUUACGUACGAAAUCGUAUUGAAAAUAAUAAUCCGCUAGGGAAAAUGAAUUUUUUGCGAUCAUAAAAAUGAAAUUCUUUCAUUCUAUUUUUAACACUCGGCUCAAUCACAUCCGAUUUUCAAAUUCCACGAUCUCGGGGCUGUGACUAUACAUCAUUAACGUGGUUAGAACAUUUAAACGGUGAUUUUAUUUGAGAGAAUUAGCGAUGGACCGAAGUAAAAGUUGCUUUUUGUACUGGAAAAAUGAACUCCGCGUGUCUUUUUUAUAGCACAUGCGAGAAACAUUGAACAGGACACUCGCUCUCGUUGAUAUUUAAAUAUGUAUCUGUGUCGUUCUUAUUAAAUCCUUGAUGUUAAAUGUUUCAAUUCGUGCUCGUUACAUAUACGACGAAAUUUCUUUCACCAUUUCUUUUUUCUAUGUUUCUUGGUUCAGAGAUACAGAUUUACCAAAAUAUAUGCGUAUCAUGUAUACCGAGCACGAAUUCAUUAAUGAACCAUGGGAAGAAAGAUUACCAAAGUUUUAUCGGUUUAAUCACUUGCCUUAUGAUGUCAAGUUAUUAUAAUAGAAAAAAUGAUAGAAUUUCAUCUAAAAACCUUAGUGUUAAACCUCCGAUUUAAUAAUCAACUUUCUGAAGCAAGACAAAAGUAGCAGGAAAGAUAAAAGGCAAGCGGUUAAAGCGUCAUUUCUUCUUCUUCAGAGCUUGAUUAAAUAAGAAUCCUUCAAGCGUUCCAGAUGAAGCUGAAUUUAUGAAUGAUCUGACAUUCUACGUGUCUGAAUAUUUUCUGUAUGUAUCAAUUGCUACGUGUCCAAGUUUCGCGACUAUAAUCUCUGUGUGUAUUUAAAACAUUAAAUCGGAAAGACUCACGAAAAUAGCUUAACGAAACGUUGAACGAUAUAGCGCAUCACAAGAUAUUUAUUAACUAAAUUUUCACAAGUUGCCUCUCGAGAGAUUACGAGGGAACAUUGGCGAAGCAUGUCAGCGAGAAGAUAUCGGUGUUCCAAACUCUUUUUUAUCGGCCUGCGAGAGAAAAUCGCGAGCCGUAAGUCAUCGGCUUUUAUAAAAUCUCCGGUGUUAACACGCUUGGCUCGUGUAAAAUGAAAUUAAUGAACCAUUAGUUUUCUUUAUGAUAGAAAAAAGGAAAAACAAGAAUCAAUUAGUUUGCCUUUAAACGAUUUUCCUUACCAGGGCUGUUUUCAUCCCUUCAAAGUGAAGAUCGGUGUAAAAAAUACGUGAUAAAUUAUUUUUCUUGCGUGCGUCACACAAAAUCGAUGAUUUACGCUCGACGAUCUCCCCUCGUCGGAGAUACACAAAGAGAUUAGGGAUUAAAAGAAGAGAAAAACGAAAACGUUGACUUGUAAGUUUUCCAAUUUAUCAUAUAACGCUAUUAGAGUUAAUCUAGGAAUCGAGCGAGAAUCUUUAAAUCUCUCUUUGUUCGUUUGUAAAUGUAAGAAGUAAAAACAUGAAAAGGACGAGUUCAGUAUCAAAUAUCAAAGUAUUAAAGAAAAGAGAAAAAUAUAUAUAUUAACGAAAGUUGUGAUGCAUUUAUGUGAAUUCCAUUAAAAUAAUUUCGAGUUUGUGUCUAUUCUCUUCUUGGUAUAUGAAAAUGUUUAACACGUUCCGUGCCAUGUGUACCAUUUAUGCACAUUAAACUUGGCCUUCGGGCCACGUGUACCAUAAAUGGUACAUGCAGAAAUUUUUAUUUAAUGUGCUGAAACAUCAAAUGGCCUGAACGAGAAGUCGGGAAAAAACGGCUUGGCACGGAAUGUGUUAAUUAAUAAAAUCAAUUGAAUAUACACGUGGGAGACAACUGAUCAUUCGCUGUGAUCGUGUGCUGAAGUUAUCUUGUCCUAACGUAAGAAACGUACAAAUUUCGCAAACUGAAACAAAUUAGAUAAGAUCUUCCAUCAAACGUAAACUCGUUAUAUUAAGAGGUCUACGAAGACCUGUUAACAUAAUUGCGAAAACAUUGAAAAGAUAAAUAAGAAAAUGGACAAAAGAAUAGUAGAAGCAGAAAUAGAUAACACUGGAACACCAUUAUCACGAAGAAAAUGAGGCACAAGAUGCAACGAUAGAUUAUAGCGUUUAAUAUAUUAUACAUUGAUAGAACUUAUUAUCAAUAUCAUCAGGCCUAAUAUACUUAAACGUUGAGUGUAUUUGUUGUUGUUGCCGAUUCAUAUCUUAUAUAUCCGAAUGUAUUAAAUGAAUAUUUCGUCUAUAAA